AAAGAUAAUUCCAUUUUGCGAAGAGGUAUUCCUACCUCUCAUUCUGUUUAUGGAAUUGCUAGCUCACUAAACGCUGCACAUUAUAUAUUAGUUAUCGCAUUGGAAAGAAUUGCUAAUUUGCAUCCUGCAGCGACAAAUGUUUAUAUGGAACAAAUGUUGGAAGCUUUCAGAGGACAAGGAAUGGAAAUUUUUUGGCGGGACAAUUUUAUUUGUCCAAGUGAGAAAGAAUAUCGGACAAUGGCAAUGAAAAAGAUUGGAGGUUUCUUCAAUUUAAUGAUCAAAUUGAUGAAACUCUUCUCUAUUUAUGAAGAGGAUUUAUCAUCGCUAGGUAUUAUUUUGGGAUUGCAUUUUCAAAUACGUGAUGAUUACGGAAACUUAAAUAGCGAUAAGUAUACCGAAAAUAAAAGUUAUUGCGAUGACUUGAGUGAAGGAAAGUUCAGCUUUCCCAUUGUUCAUGCGCUUACAACAAAUCCUGAUGAUAAGCAAAUAAUAUAUAUUCUGAAACAACGAACCAAACAAAUCGAAGUGAAACGUCAUUGCGUUAAAUUGUUGGAGAAAUUUGGUUCGUUUGAAUACACGAAAAAAGUACUUGAAGACUUGGACGUGAAAGCGAGAGCUGAGAUAGAACGUUUAGGAGGCAACCCGCCUUUGAUGCUUAUUUGCUAG